GAGGUGUUUCAGGACGUGGCAGUGUAUUUCAUACAGGAGGAGUGAGAGCUGCUGGAAGAGGAGGACAAGGGGCUUUACCGGGACCAGAUGCUGAGGAACUACCAAGCCCUCGUUUCCCUGGGACAUGCCUGGUUGCUGAGCAGAACCAAGGAGCAGGGUCCUGAGGAAGGGCUUGGAAAGCUGGAGCCAGCAUGGGCUUCCCUGGGGAGUAUGGGUGAGGUGGAUUCCCUGAGCCCAGCGAAGGACCAGUGGCACAAGGGCCAGGGGAUGCCCCAAAAGCAGGAGAAUGUAGCAGUUAACGAAGUCCCAUCUGUAGUUGGGCGUUGGAGUGAAGAAGGGGAACAAGCCCGAAACAGCCCAAGGUGCAGGGAUGAAUAUGUCAUGCUGAGACACCAGAAGAGAACGAAAGGAAAGGCGCACUGGAGAGAGACACUGCAUGCAAACCAGGGCAGUGUGGAGGAGCUGGUAGUGAGGCAGGAGCUUGCUACCAAGCCCAGGGCGAGAGGCCACUCCUGCCCUCAGUGCAGGAAAAGCUUUAGUUGCCCCUCGCGCCUGGCUCUGCACAAGAUAAGACAUGCUAGGAAGAAGCCCCAUGUAUGUGCCACGUGUGGGAAGCGCUUCACCUGCCUCUCGACCCUGGCUGCUCACCACCAGGUCCAUUCUGGACAGCUCCCCCACCGCUUCACCAAAAGGGGGAAGAGCUUUGUGCGCAGCUUGGAGCUGCUCAAAAAACAACAUGUGCACAGGAAGAAGCGUCAGUACUGCUGUGUCACAUAUGGUAAGACCUUCACCCAUUUCUUCUCCCUGGUUCAGCACCGUCGGAUGCACUUGGGGAGGAAGACGCACCGCUGCAACAAGUGCAGGAAGAACUUCAUCAGCUGGCAAAAGUUGUCCCAGCACCGGUGUGUGCAGAAGAGGCAGCAACCACACUGCUGCACAAAGUGUGGGAUGAGCUUCAGGCAGCCCUGCAGCCUGGCCAGGCACAGGUGCAUGCACACACGGGAGAAGCCACAUCGUUGUUCUGUGUGUGGGAAGAGUUUUGCUCAGUCCUCCACCCUUACCCUGCACCAGGCCCUCCACACAGGGGAGAAGCCACAUCGCUGUUCUGAGUGUGGCAAGAGUUUCACCCAAUCCUCCCACCUGACCCGACACCAGCUCAUCCACACAGGGGAGAAGCCACAUCAGUGCUCUGAGUAUUGGAAAAACUUCCCCCAUCUCUCCCACCUGUCCCAGUAUCAGCACAUCCACACCCAGAAGCAUCUCUAAUUCUGCCAGCCGUGCAGGAAGCCCUGGGAGAUGUCUGUCUGCUCAGCACCCACCAGUGGUGCAUUCAGACAAGCACCCCCAUGCUGGUGACCUGAACAAAGAGUUCCCCCAGGCUUUGUCCCUUGUAGGGCACAGUGGGAGUCCAGAACCCAGACACUCACCCGCAAGUUUUGAUUGUGGGGAAAGGGUAAGAAGAAACACCUCAGGCAGAGAUCAGCCCCAACGAAGGGGAGAUGAGAUUUUUUUUUUUUGUAAAAAUAUAUUUCUCUCUCUCUAUAUGGUUAUAUGUAUCUAAACCGAUCCUGUUACAAAAAAAAAAAACCCUGCACCCUUGCACCCACACUCCUGUGCACCUGCGCACCCGUACAAAGGCCCGCUGGCCACCCGUACCCAUUACAAUGUCAAGCCACGCACACAACACACAAAAUGCACCCAGUCCUUUCUGGUCUCUCCAACCAGCCCUCCCUUCACACCUACUCAUGCCCCGUUUCUGGGGUCAGGUACUCUGCUCAACUGGUCUCUUCUUCAUUGUCACUCCAGCUUCCACUGGAAGACCCGCUGCUGCUGCUGUUGUCACUGUGGCUGUCCUCCAUACCACUUGUCUGGUCCUCUUCUCCGCUGCCGUCGCUCUCUUCUUUUGUUGGUGGGGGUUGUAUGGUCCUGAGCCACGUUUCCCUGUGCCAGAUAGUGUUUGCUGCGUCUUCUCCAUGUGAUGAGGAGAUGAUCUUUGUAUCAGGCUUGGAGCCUAUGCAUUCCCCAUCAUGAAUUAAAAGCAGAUAGUAGUCCCA